GGCGGAAGUGACGUUAUCAACGCGCGCCAGGAGUUCAGCGGGGUCGGGCAGGGGCGCCGUGGCGGGCGCCUGGACCGUCAGCGGUUUAACUUCGUUCCUCGCGCCAGUAGUGCUCUCUGCAGUGACUCCAGCAUCCCUGUUUCUUGGUGUGUGAAGACAGCCUGAGGAAUUGAAAAAGCUACUGAGAAGAGUGUGCUGGGGAUGCUCUAGGCAAAGACUGGAUGCUGAGACAAGUUCCAGUCCCAGGGCUUUGGGUUUUCCAAGAAGAAACCGAACAUCAUGGAUCAGAACAACAGCCUGCCACCUUAUGCUCAGGGCCUGGCCUCCCCUCAGGGUGCCAUGACUCCUGGGAUCCCCAUCUUUAGUCCGAUGAUGCCUUAUGGCACGGGACUGACCCCACAGCCUAUUCAGAACACCAGUAGUCUGUCUAUUUUGGAAGAGCAGCAAAGGCAGCAGCAGCAGCAGCAGCAGCAGCAACAGCAGCAGCAGCAACAGCAGCAGCAGCAGCAGCAGCAACAGCAGCAGCAGCAGCAGCAGCAGCAGGCAGCCCAGCAGUCCACGUCCCAGCAGGCCACGCAGGUGGCCUCGGGCCAGGCCAGCCAGCUCUUCCACUCGCAGACUCUCACCACGGCACCCCUGCCGGGCGCCACACCCCUGUACCCUUCCCCGAUGACGCCCAUGACCCCCAUCACACCCGCCACACCAGCCUCUGAGAGCUCUGGGAUUGUGCCUCAGCUGCAAAAUAUUGUAUCUACAGUGAAUCUUGGCUGUAAACUUGACCUAAAAACCAUUGCACUUCGUGCCCGAAAUGCUGAAUAUAAUCCCAAGCGGUUUGCUGCUGUAAUCAUGAGAAUAAGAGAGCCACGAACCACGGCACUGAUUUUCAGUUCUGGGAAAAUGGUGUGCACAGGAGCCAAGAGUGAAGAACAGUCCAGACUAGCAGCAAGAAAAUAUGCCAGAGUUGUACAGAAGUUGGGUUUCCCAGCUAAGUUCCUGGACUUCAAGAUUCAGAACAUGGUGGGGAGCUGUGACGUGAAGUUCCCCAUCAGGCUGGAAGGCCUCGUGCUCACCCACCAGCAGUUCAGCAGUUAUGAACCAGAGUUAUUUCCUGGUUUAAUCUACAGAAUGAUCAAACCCAGAAUUGUUCUCCUUAUUUUUGUGUCUGGAAAAGUUGUAUUAACAGGUGCUAAAGUCAGAGCAGAAAUUUACGAAGCAUUUGAAAACAUCUACCCCAUUCUAAAGGGAUUCAGGAAGACAACGUAAUGGCUGUCACGGACCCCCGCCUCCCUCACCCUCUUGUUGUUCUAAACAAAUACAUUCUGGUACCUUUAAGUGGUGAUGUCGUGAGAAGGUGGACAUUCGGUUGCAGGUGGCGGAUCCAGGCGGUGCCCUUCUACGCGGCCCUGCUGCAGGAUGCCAGAGGGGGCCACUUGUGCACUGAGAACACCGCACAGGUCACCGAGAGCCCUGCUGCCCAUUUAUUUAUAUUUAGAUCCUAGACACUGCUGUUGACAAGUUGGGUUAAGGGACAGAACUUCAAGUGUUAAAGCCACCUCUGUAAUUCAUUGGACUUUUUAAUUUUUUUCCCCAUAAACCACAGUUUUUAUAUUUCUAUCAGAAAAGUAAAAAUCUUUUUUAAAAGUGUUGUUUUUCUAAUCUCUAACUCCUAUGGGUUAUUUCUGUGCCAGACACAUUCCUCCUUCCAGUAUUGCAGGACAGAGUAGAUGUAUUAAUGAAAACAAAUGGCUGUACAUAUUUUUCUUUCUUCAGAGUACUCUGUAUAAUAAUGCAGUUUAUAAAAGUGCUAGAUUGUUGCUAUAAAUGAUACCUUGUAAGAGUCAUGUGAUCAUACUGUUUAAAAAAAGUUGUAUUUUAGAUACAAUGCCUGAAACCAAUCUGGUGUGUUUGCUUGUUGUUUGCUUCAGUCACUAUUCAUGAAUACGGAUGAACUAUCUGAGAUCUCGUGGCUGCUCCAGAAACACGCACUUACUGCCUUCCCUUUGGAGCACUCCUGUUUCCCAGGCACUUUGCGCACCGCACUGGCGUCCUCACAGAGCUGCAGCUGUUGCUCUUCAGAGGGACUUGCCUGAGGUCACGGGCCAGUAAGUGGCAGAAAUGGUGCUGUCCAGGCUGCCAGUGUUCUGGUGUAACUUUUUUGGUGAGAGUUUUUUUUGUUUGCUGUCAUUUUCCUCAUGGAGAAUCAGGUGGACUUUUGUAGGUUCUUAGCUUUCAUUGUUCGGGUUUUGUUGUUACUGUUGUAAAAGUACAUUUUCAGUACAUUACAGGUAUAUAAUCAGAAAGGAGAGGUCUUUGCUUCCUCUCCCUUCCACCUAUUUCCCCAAGGUAACCACCAGAUUAGUACGUAUCUUCCAAGCCCUGUUCUGUGCAAAUUCUAUCCUCUGGGCUUGCUUUUGAUCCCAUUUUUUGAAAAAAACGCUAAAGAGUAUGUUCAAUUUUACAGCUUUCCCUUUUUUUAGUCAGUAAAUGUAUUAGUAUUUCCAUGAUUGGGAAUUAAGGGACUCUUAUAUACCUUCAUUUAUUGCACCACUCCCUUAAUUAUGGUAAUAUAUAUUAUCUCCAGUCUUCCACUGUUAUGAACAGUCCUGCAGGGAGCAGGCUUGUAUGUGUACUGUUGUGGAUAAGUACUGGUGUUUCUGUAGUAAACUUUUCUGGAAGAGGAAUUGCCGUGUUAAAGACUAUUUCUGCAUUCUAGGUUUUGAUAGGUCGAUGACCACAUUGCGGUCCAAAGAGCAGGGUAUGCAGAGUGCCCUUUCCUGCAUUUCCCAGGCAUUGGUGAUGCCAGCAGUGUGUGGGUUUGGAAAGACGUUCCCGUAUUCUCGCUAUCCCAGAGGGAAGUGUCUUGUCAUGUAUGCAGGUCCAUGUGUGUAUAUUCCUCAGUAAAGUUUUGUUUUUUUCACGCAAGGCUUUUACAUUUUGUAAAAGUUAAUUCCUUAAUUCCUAAGUAUAUUAUGGUUUGUUUUA